CGGGCCGGUGUUCGGGGCCAUCGCAGGAGAGGGUGUUUCACUUCAGACAGGCACAGAGCCAUGUAUAUAUAAACCCUGGAGCAGCGGCCCGGGGAGGAUCAUUAAGCACACCCACACCUCGGCUCGCUCGGCAGCGUGGCGAGGUGCUGAACCCCGGCGUACAGGAGCACAGGAUCUGGCCAUGGGUUCCCACCUGCUGCUGCUGCUGCUGCUUCAGGCAGUUUGGAAAGGUGCUCUGGGAAAAUCCCAUUCACUGCACACCCGAGGAAUCACCGAAUUGGCAGGAGCUAUAUCGUGUGGCACGAGACGGUCUCCCUUGGCAUAUAUAGGCUAUGGAUGCUACUGUGGACUGGGAGGACAAGGCUGGCCUAAAGAUAAAACAGACUGGUGCUGCCACAGGCACGACUGCUGCUAUGACAAGGCAGAGAAGGAGGGCUGCAGCCCCAAGGCACAGCGGUACCAGUGGGCAUGUGAGCAGAACACUGUGCGGUGUGAUAACCUGACAGACCGGUGUGAAAAAAUGGUGUGCCUGUGUGACCAAGAAGCAGCCAAGUGUUGGGGAGCAGCCCCGUACAACCCACUCUUAAUCCUCUGGCCAAACUUUUUAUGUGGACAGACUCAUCCCACCUGCCAUUUCAGAUAUGGAGGGGCAGAAUAGUCUUUUCAGGCCCUUUCUUCUAACGCUUUGAAUCUGAAGGCGCUGGAAUAAAAUUUUACCUGUUUUGCCAGAGC